CGUAGAAGUGCCACACAAGCCAUGCCAAGUAAACCAUGCCACAUAAGCAAUGCGCCUCUGUAAACCGGGACCCCUAUAAAUAAGAGGAACAGUUUCAAAAUUAAUAGCGGGGGUUUCCGUUCCUUCUUUGAUUCGGCGAUUUCAGUAUGAGUUCCUGCUGCCGUUCAAGGCUCGUAUUCAUGUGGUUGUUGAUUGUCUUCUCCGUCGUAACACUCACAGACGGAGAAUCUUCGACAUGCCUGACGGUGUACGAAGAAGGCGGCGCGCCGGCGGUGUUUCUGUCCCCAAAGUGCCCUCGCUGGAAACUCUCGAAUCAGGGCUCCGAAUCAUGGCAUCAUCCAUCGCCCAAAUCCGGCUGUCACGUGGCCUUGCAUCAAGGGCGCCGCCAGCAUCUGGAAGACCGCGCCAUCUGCGCUCUAGACAUUCGCGUUCCUUUCCUCGGCCCAAAUGGCAUCACUGAGGUCACAGUUGGUAUUAUUGGAAUAUUUGAUGGCCAUAAGGGUGCUGAAGCAAGUGAGAUGGCAUCAAAGUUGUUUCUCGAGUACUUUACAGUGCACACCUUCUUUCUACUCGAUACAACCUAUUCUCUCCUAUUGAGGAAAUUAAGGGGAUGGCUGCCGAACGGAAGGAGAGAUAAUGUACUUCAAGACUUGAAGUGGGAUGAGGAAUUGGAUCAUCAUCAUCUCAAAUUUGGGCGGUUUAAGCUGAGUUUGUCAUCAGUCUUUGAUGAAUCUUUUUCAUUACAAAUAUUCAAAGAGGCAGUGCUAAGAGCAAUUAAUGACAUUGAUGCAUCAUUUUCAAUGGAUGCUUUUAGAAACAAUUUUGAUUCUGGAUCUACUGCCACAAUUGUACUUUUGGCAGAGAAUCAGAUUUUUGUGGCCAACAUUGGCGAUUCCAAGGCAUUUUUGUGCUCUGAGGAGAAUAAAAGUGCUAAAGAGGCUCGAGCUGCGUUAUUGAGAAUGUAUAGGCAGACACGAAUGGAUGGGAUUUUUCAACCCUUCAGAAAUUAUCGCACAUUUGAAUCAGAAGUUUCAGAUCGAUGGUCGCCAUUUUCUGCUAAGGAGUUGACUCGAGAUCACCACCCAGAUAGGGAUGAUGAACGGUCUCGAGUGGAGUCUGCUGGGGGAAGUGUCUCUGAAUGGGGUGGUGUUGCUCGGGUUAAUGGUCAGUUGGCUGUUUCUAGAUCCAUUGGGGACAUAUACCUGAAAAGUUAUGGUGUUAUAUCUGUUCCCGAGAUCACUGAUUGGCAACCUUUGGCAGAAAACAACAGCUAUUUGGUGGCUGCAUCUGAUGGUGUUUUUGAACAGCUAAGCCCACAGGAUGUCUGUGACAUAUUAUCGAGCUUAGAUGCAGAUAUCAUUGUUAGGCCUGAACUAAAUUCUUCUUGCAUGUAUUCCUUAGCAGAGUGCAUAGUAAAAGCUGCUUUUGAAAAGGGAAGUACUGAUAAUAUGGCAGCUAUAAUACUUCCAUUUAAGUCGAAAGCGCCUUUGUAUACUCUUCCUGAUGUGAAUUGUGAUGGAUUGGGUAUAUCUGAUUGCCCAGCUUCAGGACAAGAGGAUUAUUCCAUCGCACAGUCGCAACUUGCAGAAAUGAAGCAUGCUUAUCCUGCUGCUACCAACCUUGACAGAUUAUUGGUUGUAGGAAAAGAAAUGUGUUUCUAUCUAUCUGAGAACCUUGAUGAAUAUGAUGACAAAACAUUCUGGAUUCAAAAAGAUAUCUCGGAAUAUUCAUAUGGACUAGAGCAUGCACUGCCUGAAAGGUCUGGUGACAGUACUGAAGGAGCUUCACUGAAUCUGUAUAAUGAUCAUCAUUUGUGUUUAAACUUUGGGAUGAACUUUGGCGGGAAUAAUGAUCGGUGCAUAAAUCCUGAAGGUUUUGCUAGGUUCCUGGGCAUGCUUGAAUCAAUUCCAUUCAAUGAUACAUUUCCAAAUGAGCAUGCAGGAAUAGAUUCAAGGUACAUACUGAAAAAACGAUUUGGACGCGGAUCAUAUGGAGAAGUAUGGAUGGCUUUUCAAUGGAACUGUUCUCAUGCCAACCAGACCUCAGAAACUGCCAAAGUUUCAUUGUUUUCUGAUGAUUGUGACGAUUGUGAUACUAACUCCUUGGGUUACAAAUUCAUUUUGAAGCGUAUAAUGGUUGAAAAGGGAGCUACUGUAUAUCUAAGUGGGCUAAGAGAGAAGCAUUUUGGAGAACUUUUCUUGAAUGCAUCUACUCUUCUUGGAGGUCCAUUGUCAGCCAGAGGAUCUUGUUUCUCAAAAGAUGCAUAUCCAGUGCCACGUGGACAUUUAGUAGAAAGUAAUUUAGUUGGUUGGAAACUGAAUGAGUUUUGGAAUGCUGAGAAUACUUAUGUAAGAAGAAAUGAAGUAAUGCAAUCUACCAAUGAAGAAGGUCUUGAUCACAUUGCAAGAUAUGUAGAAUCCUUAGAGUCUCGAUCUAAUGAUAUAUGGCUUGUGUUCCGGCAUGAAGGAGUAUCCUUGUCAAAGAUUUUGUAUACAGCAGAAGAAGUAGUAAGUAGUUCAGAAGGAAUGGGAAAUGAACAAGUGAAGAAUGUUCAGAUAUUACAUCCAUCCAAGUGGUGGCACUGGUUGAAGACAACAGAAGCAGGGCAAGAGGAAAUGCGCAACCUUAUAUGGCAAUUGCUUAUUGCACUCAAGUCUUGUCAUGAUCGCAAUAUCACACAUAGAGAUAUUAAACCUGAGAAUAUGGUUAUUUGCUUCGAAGAUCAGGAUUCUGGGAGAUGCUUGAAAGGAUAUCCAAGUGGAGAUCAUAAUUAUACCACAAAAAUGCGCAUUAUUGACUUUGGCAGUGCGCUGGAUGACUUCACAUUGAAGCACCUAUAUGGGUCCCUUGGACCGUCAAGGGCUGAGCAAACUUGUGAAUACACUCCACCUGAAGCCUUUCUUAAUGCCAGCUGGUACCAAGGGCCAACUACAACAAAUCUAAAGUACGAUAUGUGGAGUGUUGGGGUUGUGAUGCUGGAACUAAUACUUGGAUCACCUAAUGUGUUCCACAUAAGUUCUAGGACGCGUGCUCUUUUGGAUCAACAUCUAGAAGGUUGGAGUGAAAGCUUAAAGGAGCUCGCCUUUAAACUGAGAUCAUUCAUGGAAUUGUGUAUCCUGAUCCCUGGGAGUUCUUCAAAGGCUCGCCACUCUAGGGCUACAAAUGACCCUGGCUCUAUUUCGCCGGCUCCAUGGAAAUGUUCUGAAGAGUUCUUCUUGCAUCAAAUUAGAAACAGAGAUCCUCUAAAAAUUGGAUUUCCAAACGUAUGGGCGUUGCGAUUGGUGCGCCAACUGCUGCGUUGGGAUCCUGAGGAUCGCCCCAGUGUGGAUGAAGCUCUGAAGCAUCCAUAUUUCUCAAAACAUGCCCAGAAUUGAGCUGCUGCUGGAAAGGUUCAAAAGUUCAUUUACAAUAUGAAUCUGUAAUGUUAAUAGCAAUUAGUGGUUGUUGCUUAACAAUACAUAACUCAGAGCCAAAAAAAGAAACUUUUUUACACUGU